ACGGAUACGCGGAAAAUCGAUCAAAUCCUAAAAGUGAGCUAGCUCUAGUCAUUUCUCGGGGAGCUUCACGAAAAUGACAAAGAAAUCCGAAUAUCCCCCUCAAGGUGGAGAGUGUUGGAUAUGCUGCAGUGUCUUUAUUUCCCUUUUGUUGGUGGUUCUCUCUGCAGUAACCAUGAUCUAUGGAACUGUGAUCGUGUACAUCCCAUCACUGCAAGUGCUGAACUCUGAUCUGAAGAACGGCUUCGUGUGCACCACUAUGAGCUCCCAAAUGAAUCUUCGAGGAGCUGAAAAUUGUCAGGGUUGGUCUACGUGCGAAGAAUGGUGUUUGGGCGUGUCUCCGGAGAGUUGCAACCAUUUGCAAGUAUCCGUUCGAACGAACGGGGCUACUAUCCAGCCUUUAAGUUGUCAAGAUGUAACGAAUCACACAUGCCAGACCCUCCAUGACUUGACCGAGGUAGAUUGCAAACAAUAUGUAGCGAACGAGGAAGCUUUGGGCAAGAGGUGUGCCCAUUACGACGAAGUUGUACUCUCAUGCGAGGCAGGCAUUUGCAAAAACAUCAGUGCCAUCUAUCAAUGCUCGUACCAAUCGAAGUUGGAUGAUAUCAAAAAGGCCCAAAACGGGGAUGGGGAAUGCUCGUGUGUGAAAUGUCGACAACCGAAUGGUGGGCGCUAUUUGGGGAAAUGCCACCCGCUUAUUGAGUAUUGCUUGAGUGAUGAAGGCCGUCAAAACGGUACUUCUGCAGCAGUUUGCCAGGAGAAAGGAUGCUUUAAUUGUUGGAACUUGUGCUCCGCCAAAAAAGAAUGCUUUGACAUGAAAGUCCGGAGUGACUCGACCUUGAUUGGGCGGGAUCAAUUUGGCCGACCCUUGUUGAAAUAUUACGCAUGUAUAGAAGGCCACUGUGAGGAGAUCUACAAUUUAUCAUGUAAAAGACGGUGCGAAGACAUCAAGAUUGACCCCUCGAAGACGAACUAUAUUUUGCUCCACGGCGAGAAACUGUUUCAAGCUCGAUGCUCCAAAAUUCAGGUCAAUGAAACAGAGACUUUGGAGUUGAAACCGGACCAAUUGCUGGUUGUGACGUGUUCAAGAACCAUAGUUAAAGACCAAGCAGUCAUUGGGGAGGAUUGUGUGAAUGGUACUUUCUUGGAAGAGAGACAACCAUUCAACUAUUCGACACUUGUCCAUCAGUUUUUGAGUCAGGUUUCAAAGGUUGGAGGUAUCCCCAGUGAAAUCGAGCUCAUUGCAAAACCUUCAACCCGAUUGCAAGUCAACCUUGAAGGGUGCGUCAAUACGUUACGAGAUGAAUGUGUCGAUUUCUUCUCCAAAUUUGGCCAAGACGGAAGAAAUUCCACGGCUAGAAGCAUUUUCCCGUGCUUCUACGAUACCGACAGCCCCGCAAGAGCGGUCGUGGACUAUAAUAAAGAUGCCACCUUCACAUUUCUGGUGCUUUUUUCUACCAUUCCUUGUGCCAUAUUCCUGCUUUCGUGUUUUUAUUGCUGUUUCUGCAAUAAGUUAGUCCAUGUGGCGGAGGAUGGUCGCUUACGACUCCGCUUCAAGGGCAAUUACUACUCGGGGAUCGGCAGGGUCAAUUCUCAUCUAAAAUUUGACAAAAGACAAUAAAAUCAAUGAUCACUUACCGAGGUUUGGAGGAUCCGAGACGCCCCCCAAAAUACGUGACGGGGAUGACUGCGAGCAUGGAGCCGAUAUCGUAACUUCCAGCGAUCAGCCCGCUCAAAGCGGAUUGGAGACCAAAACGUUUCUCAAUUGUGGAUAUAACCACAUUCACGCAUCCGUUGACUACCAUACCCUUUUGACAAAGAAAACGAUGAAUGUCCAUGGCUCGUACAUAUCUAUGUAUGGCGGGCAUUGCCUUUAUGCGUGGGUUAAAAAUGUCCCACGUUCGAUGAAAAAGUGUCUUACUUGAAUGGUUGAGGCCCAGCAGAGGAACACGAGGAUCCAUUGGGGCUUGAGAAAUAUACGAAAGCAAGGCAAUGGAAUGAGCCUGAACAGA